UCUCCGCUGCUCUCCCUAUUCUUCAUUCUCACAACCAUGAAUAAUACAGCAACAAUGGCGUCGCUAGAAGUCCGAAUCCACGCAAUUGCAGAAUUCAAACCAUCCGCCUUCCCCGACCGAGCAUGGGUCUCAGUCCCGAAUCCAAACAACAUACCCCUCAUCGCGACCGCCACGGCGGAGAAAUCUGUGCGCGUAUACUCGCUCAAGAACUUCACAUUACAUUCUAAGAUGGAAGGAGGACAUAAUCGGUCUGUGCGAUCUGUGGCGUGGAAACCUGUCACCAAGAAUACGGGGGUGUUGACUGUUGCGAGUGGGAGUUUUGAUUCUACUAUGGCGAUUUGGAGGAGGAGGGAAGAUGGUUCUUCUGCAGACUUGAAUGGUAGAGAAGAGGAAGAAAUAUUCAUAGAGAACAAUGUCGAGGAAGAAGAGGAGUUAGAGAUUGAGAUUGGCAGUGACGGGAAACCAAAGCCAAGACCGCGAUUAAUAACCCGGACCACGGACUCGGACGACGAGAACGAAGACUGGGCCUUCGAGAUCGUACUCGAGGGCCACGAUUCCGAGAUCAAGGACGUGGCAUACUCGCCUAGCGGACAAUGGCUCGCGAGUUGUUCGCGGGAUAAGAGUAUCUGGAUCUGGGAAGAGAUAGGAGAGGAAGGGGAAGAUGAUUUCGAGACUAUCGCCGUGCUACAAGAACACACCGCGGACGUGAAAUGUGUUUCCUGGCGAAAAGACGACGGAAAUGGUGAGGUGGUGGCGAGCGGGAGUUACGACGACACGAUCCGAUUCUGGAAAGGCGACGAUGAGGGCGAAUGGAGCUGUAUUUCCGUGCUAGAAGGCCACGAGGGCACGGUGUGGAAACUGGAAUGGGAGCCCGAAGUGAGCAUGAAGAGAUUCUCACCAGAGGAGGAGGCCAAAGAAGAUGAUCAUGAGCCCAAGAUACCAAGACUUCUGUCCGCAUCAGCAGACUGCACGAUUCGCGUCUGGAGCAGAGCACCCACGCCACCACCUCCGAACAAGCCGUCAUAUUUCAACUCCGGCAUCCCGUCGACGAUGCGUCCUCCGCCUGCGAACGAGACGUGGGAAUGCACAGCCACGCUCCCUAAGGUCCAUGAUCUGCCCAUCUACUCCGUAUCCUGGUCUCCCAAGACGGGGAGGGUGGUUUCUGCUGGCGGGGAUAGCAAGAUUGUGAUUUACGAGGAGAGAACGAAGGGGCGGACAGCUGUUGGCGGGAAGAUUGAGACGGAAUGGGUUGUGAUGGGCGUAUUGGAGAGCGGCCAUGGGCCGUGGGAAAUUAAUCAUGUGGUGUGGUGUAAGAGGUUUGAUGCGGGGAGGAAGAGCGAGGAUGAAGAGAUGAUUAUCUCGACUGGAGAUGACGGGGCCGUGAGAGCGUGGGCAAUUGAAGAAUUCGUUGCGCCGGCUGAGAAUGGAGUUACUGUGCCUGUUGUGGCGGAAGGAACUCCGGGCACUAAAGUUGCAUCUUCGUCGUGAUUCUUGCUCGGUUGGAGUUGAUAUCAUAUUUUCUUCAUAUGCCAGUACAAAUCAGGCGGAUGAAAAACUGUAGGAUAUGAAAAACUUGCAUAGCGAGGCGCUUUGGUAGCAUAGAGGACAUAGCAAUGAUCAUGAAUGGCAU